AUGAUGGACCGGAUGGGAGGCCGGCAACUCCGCCACUGGAUCAUCAAACCCCGCUUCGAGAAGAAGCUCACCAUAGACCAGCAACAGAGGGAAGAGGGCUAUCAAUUCAUUAGGGAUUUCGGGCCCAAGGCGAACAACUGCAACCAAUUUAUGGAGUGGACUGACGAGCAGAUCCACACGCCAGGCGGCAAAAUCGAGAAUUGGCCCGAAGGCAAGGUGAAAGAAGCUCUGCAUAACUACAUGCGGGGGCGGCAGAAUGCCAAAACCUUGGAAUUCUGGCCAUUCACGUUGAAAUCGUUUACGCCGUGGUUUCUCGACUCGGUCUUGACCAAGAUGAUCCCAACCAUGAGGCAGCAUUCCAUCACGUGGUUGGGACGAACCCGUACCGGGAAAUCGUUUGGAUCGAAAACUGUUCUGUUUAUGCAGUCCAAGUUUGAGAUCGACGACGCCGAUCGGUCGGACUUGGUCCCUUCCAUAGUGACGGCGAAGAACCUGGAUUUCUUUAAGGCGGAACCGCUUACCAGGUUCAAACCGGGUGUCUUUGAUGAUGGGAUGUUGCAGAAAAUGGACUCCUCCUUCUUGAAAGCUUUCCUGAAUCCUUCCGAAGAGGACGCCACCGUCUGGGCCAGGUACACCUCCGCACAGUUCGACCAGGGCGCAGGCCGCCACGCAUGCAACAACCCAUACGCCAGAGACUUGGAUGAGAAGCUCUACAUGGACAUGAAAAAGUCAAAGGUAUGGCAAGCCCCCCACAACAAGUUCAUUGACAUGAUCAAGCCUUCCUUCGCUGCCAUUGACGAAGACGAAGACAUGGACGCCAUUCUUGCUAGAACCCACAUAAUACUCAUCACGGAUUGUGGCAUUUACUACCGCGUGGCUAGCACCUCCAAGGACCCCAUCAGCUUCAUUCAGUGGGAUGACAACGAGCCCAUGGAUCUCAUGACAGCUUCCCAAAAGCCCAUCUUCAAGCAGUACAAGAUGCAACCCCACGUGCACAAUUACCCAGCAUCGUAUCUGGAAGAUCUUGCUUGGUCUCAAACGCUCAUUCGUCGCUUGCUCAAUGGUGAACCCGUACCCAGAGGCCACACAGUGCUACGACCUACAAGUUUGUUCGGGAGCAGCAAUGCAAGGACUGCAGUUGCAUCGUACCCCGCUCUGCUUCCUGAGCCAGAGCUUCGCGUCAAGAUCAAGAAGGAAAAGGUUGAUACAGCAUUUCGUUCCCUCAAAGGUGGGACAGUUGUGCAUACUAUCAACAUUGACUCGCCGUCUCCCAAGAAGUCCACCGCAUCCUCGUCCGACUCGGUCAUGCCGUCGUCAAAGCGUGCCAAGGUCACAGAUGCAGCCGUCGUCGGAGCGCCCUCUAAUCCUGUCUUUCCCACUCUUGCUCGUGAUGCCGAUGCAGACGAGGAGGAUGUCAUCCCGGAGGUUGGCCAAGCCCCAGACGAAAUGGAGCAGGAGCUUGAGCGGUUGAUUGAUGAACACGAUGGUGAGAUGGAUGUGGAGGAGUGUGCUACAACCAAAUCGCGAAACAUGGUGACCUAUGCUGACUGGAUUGCCUUUCGAGAGGCUGUCUUGGCAGCGGACUUCCUGAAUCGUACGGAGCCCUUUUGGCGUCACAAGCCCUUCGUCUCGUACCAGGUGAACGACAUUGUCCAGAAUGCUUUGCUUCCUUCAGGCUCUCCUUCAAGUAUGGAGUCUACAGAUGGUGCGGUCCACGCUACGGUGACAACCGAUGUGCUCUAUGCGAUUGCAAAGAAUAUUCAGCAACAGCCAUAG